UUGGGUGCUGGGUGGGGAGAGAGAGCGAUGCAGCCGGUAAUUGCCCAGAUCUCUGUCUCUGAGUCAGGACUGUCACUCUCUGCUCCUCAUUAGAACUGCAGCAGUGACCUGGGUGUUAGAGCUGCUCUGGAUCGGAGCCAGUGAUCUGGAAUCAAGGGAAACAGAGACAGAAGGGAGAAGAGGAAGAAGAGGAGGAGGGUGAGGAUCCCUAAUCCAGAAUAAUGAGCUGCGGGGGACAGAGGAGGAGACGAGGGGCAGCACUUUGAGGAGAGGGGGGUGAAUUCAGUGCACAGUUGGGGGGCAGGAUUGGGAGAGGAGGAAGGGCACAGGUUGAGUGCAGUGUAAAGUCUCUCUCUGCCUCUGAAUCCAGAGCCCAACAACACUCCAUUCUCCUCCUCCUCUGGAAUAAAGGGUUAACCCCAUACAACUGCCUUUCCACCUGGAAUAACACGGGAUUUACCUGCCCAGUGCCCAGAGCUCUGCUGGGGUCGGAGAAGGAAGAGACAAAUCCGCUGGGGGUUCUUAUGGUUUCCCUCCUGUCUGACCUCCCCCUGGGGUGCAACGUUUGGGGAAGAAUGACUUCAUUACGGGGGUCUCUCAGCUCAAAGAUAACUCUCUAAUGGACAGAAGCUAAAGGAUGACAGGCUGGGCUUACAACUCCCUCAAUGUGCUGAUCUUUCUGCUUUUGGUGAUCUCUUCAAAAGCUUCCUCAGGGCAGUUUCGGGUGUGUGAACCCUACGCGGACCACAAGGGACGAUACCACUUUGGAUUCCAGUGCCCUCGCCUUUCCGACAAUAAAUCCUACAUCUUCUGCUGUCACCAUAACAACACCGUCUUUAAAUACUGCUGCAACGAGACCGAGUUCCAGAACGUGAUGCAGAUGAACCUGACGCUGAACUCAGACGGCUAUGUGCACAACAAUUACAGUGCGCUGGUGGGGGUCUGGAUCUACGGGUUCUUCGUGGUGGUUCUGUUGGUGCUGGACUUCCUCUAUUACUCGGCGUUGAACUAUGACAUUUGCAAGUUGUACUUGGCUCGCUGGGGGAUACAGGGCAAGUGGAUGCGGCAGGGCCAAUAUAACAAGGCUGCGCAGGAGCCGUGCCAGUCUCAGACUCAGGGCCAGACGUCACACGCUGUUCAUACGUUAAAGGGAGUUGCAGUUAGUCCGACACUGAUGUCUUUUCAGACUUCCACUGCCUGAUAAUAACAGUGCCCAAUGAUGGGCGGCAACUACCAACUCGAUGGCAAAAGUCUCAUGGGGGAAAAAGAACAAGACAAGAGAAUUGCGAUGGCUGAUAGAGGCGGAAGGAGGAUUAGAGGAGACAAUUCAAUCAUUCCAAACCGCUCGUCACUGGAGAGAUGGAACGGAAAAGUUGGAGAGAUCCGCUUUACGUCUCUGUUUGUAAGCAAUAUUUAUCUGUAGCAUAAGAAGAUUCUUACUUAAAGGAACUGUCCCCUCUUAUUCAACUUGGAGGAGCAGGACAUCCUACCGCUUUGCUCUGCUGAGACCGAACUCACGGGCAGCAAAGAACGGAACCACAAACUGUGACUGUCUACUCGUAAUUGUGUCCUCGUUAGCUACCUAGUCCGAUAUAAACGAGCGUUUGACUCCUCUGCACAAAGACUGAUGUCAAUAAUAAUCCUCUUGACCCCCCCCCAAUAAUUUAUUAAUGCACCACCAAAUCUGUAUCCCCUCCCCCCGUGAUCUCCUAUCUCCUGAAGUGCAAUGAGUUGUUUCACUACACUGUAUCAAAGCCACCACAAGUGCCCUGUUCUAUGGAAAUAUUAUCGUAUGGUUCUUCUUCAGAAAAAGAUUUAGGAAAAUCCAAAUGGUGUUAAUGUUUCUCUGUGUGCGAUAGAAAAAUACAGUUUUAUAUUUGUUGUC